AUGGCUUCCCAGAUCGCGAAAAAGAAGAAGUUUGUUGCCGACGGUGUUUUCUACGCUGAGCUGAACGAGUUCUUCCAGCGUGAGCUCGCUUCCGAGGGUUACUCUGGCUGCGAGGUCCGCGUCACCCCGGCCCGCACCGAGAUCAUCAUCCGUGCCACCCACACCCAGGACGUGCUUGGUGUCAAGGGUCGCCGCAUCCGCGAGCUGACCUCGAUUGUCCAGAAGCGCUUCAACUUCCCCGAGGGCACCGUCGAGCUCUACGCCGAGAAGGUCGCUGCCCGCGGUCUGUGCGCCGUCGCCCAGUGCGAGUCGCUCAAGUUCAAGCUCCUCCAGGGUCUUGCUGUCCGCCGCGCUGCCUACUCCGUCGUCCGCUACGUCAUGGAGUCCGGCGCCAAGGGUUGCGAGGUCGUUGUCUCGGGUAAGCUGCGCGCUGCUCGUGCCAAGGCUAUGAAGUUCAGCGAGGGCUUCAUGGUCCACUCGGGUAACCCCGCCAAGGAGUACAUCGACUACGCCGUGCGCCACGUCGACAUGAAGCAGGGUGUCCUUGGUAUCAAGGUCAAGAUCAUGCUUGACUGGGACCCCACCGGUCGCGUUGGCCCCAAGAACCCGCUGCCCGACCUGGUCACCAUCCUCAGCAACGACAAGGAGGACGAGCAGGUCAUCACUGGCCCCGUCUCCGAGUCCAAGCUCCCGGUUGCCGCCGAGGAGGCUGCUCCCGCUGCUGAGGCUCCUGCCGCCGAGGCUGCCCCUGUUGAGGCUUUCUAAAAAAUUUAAUAAGAAAU